CAUGAUCUCUUGUGCUGAGCACAGAAGCCGGCUAGAGAGGCCAGCUGAGGCCUGGCCCUGAAGCUAUACUUCUUUGGGCUCCAGCUCCCGCAGGGCUGCUCUGGAAUUCUCUGGGUGCCUGUAUUGUCAUGCAGGCCACUGGAUCUCAGGGCACCAAGCCCUCCAUGACCAGGCAGGAAGAGAAGGACGCUGAGCUGGACCGGAGGAUCGUGGCUCUUCGAAAGAAGAACCAGGCUUUACUUCGCAGGUAUCAGGAGAUUGAGGAAGACCGCCGGCAGGCAGAACGAGGGCACAUGACCAGCACCACUCCAGAGCCUCCUCCGCCUGAUGGCCUCAUUGUCACCAUCAGCCAGGCUCCUGGUGGGAAGCGAGUGGUCAGCCGAAACUGGGCAAGGAGCAGCCUGGCACCCAGAGCCACUGCUGAGCUUCUGGAGGGGGAGGAGGCAGAGGACCGUGCCUGGUGCUUAGGGGAAUGGGUCGAGCUGGCAGUGACCAUGGAGAACAAAGCCAAGGCCAAGCGGAUUGUGAGUGAGAAGCCCAGAAGAGCCAGGAACCAGGGAGCAGAGGUGGCACCUGGGGCCCAGAGCCCAUCUAUACAGGCGCGCAUCAGCUCAGACUCUGCACAGAAGGAUGCUCAGGAUCCCUGGAAUCCAGGGGGACAGGAUCUGGUGCCCCGUCAGCCUCCUGGAGGGACCCUGGAGGUGGGCUGGAACUAUAUGCAAUGGAAGCAGGAGCGGAAGCAGGUGGACUUGGCCCGGCUGGCCCAGCAACAAGACGCUCAGGGGGACUGGCGCCGCCCAUGGAACCUGGAUAAGGCCAAGCCCAUGUCACAGACCCCCAGCAAGCCCCAGGAAGAGGGCCUGGCCAAGACGGGCAGUGCUAGGGGUCCUCGUGGCCACAGCCGGAAGGCUCUGUCUCCAGCACUAUCCCCCAGCGGCAAAGGCGGCAGAUGGGGUCAGCCCAGCAGACCCUCCGGGGCACCAGCCACGCGCAGCAGGGCCCGAGGGACAGAGAGGCUGACUGGCAGGGCCCGCAGGUGGGACGAGACAGAGGACAAGCAUGUGCUGGAGAGUCAGGAGGGAUGCCAAGGUCUCAGGAGGAGUCUGGAGGAAGAGGCACAAAAACAGCAGACUGAGCAGGCCAAGACCAGCCCUACUCUAGCACUUCCAGAGGGGCCUCCUGAGGUGUCAGACUCUUCACUGACCAGUAUGGUCCCCAGCUCUGAUUUGGCACCCCUGGACCUCUCUCUAGGUCGGGCUAGGAGCCCUGGGACUGGGGAGAGAGCUUGUGUGCUCAAUCCAGAGCUCGGAGCCCAGCAGAGUCCUCAGGCUGAGGACCCUCAGGUUGAGUCCAAAGUCCACAUUUGCCCUGAGUCACAAAGAGAAUCAGGGGUCCCAGGAGCCAGGGAAGAUGGCCAGGCUACAGGCCCGGGCCUGAUGCCACAAAGUAGAGCCCCUAGAGGAAGUGGCCGGGCAAGGGGCACAGGAAGUGUGAAAGGCAGGACUCGGGCAGUGGGCCCUGCAGAAAGACGCUGAACUCCUAGGAGCAGGGUGUGGAUUAUGCCAGGAGAGGAGUGGGGGACACAGGCAGGAGUCUUUGGGUGGUAGGCUUCUGGUUGCUGGAUGCUAUGAGAACUGUCUGAGCAGUUUGGCAAACUGUCUGAGAAACCGAUACAGUGAGGCUAUGAGUGUGUCCCUCCCUGUACCUAUGUUUGUACAUUGAGGGACACCAUGGGGCAUAGCCAUGUGACACCCAUUCUGUCUCAGGUCUGCCUUCCUGCAUGGUAACAGGGGCCUGGCCUCACUCUUCAGUUGACCCACAUUCCCAGAUUCAUGGGGCAGCCAGGCCAGAGGAAGCUCAGUUACCAUCUGGCCACCUCCUUUCUCUCUGGUUCCCAGAAAAGUGGGGGCACACAGGUUAUGCUGUGCUGAUGAGGAACACAGAUGAGUUCCCCAGUGGCAGUGAGGAGCUCUAGACAGUUCUCUCUUUGGAAUGGGGAUGGCAGAACCACCAACAGGGAAACACUGUCCCCAAACCUAGAAAAGACAAAUACUUUUUUUUUUUGCCUCCAGGGUUAUUACUGGGGCUCAGUGCCUGCACCACAAAUCCAAUGCUUCUAGAAGUUAUUUUCCCCCCUUUUGUUGCCCUUGUUGUUUUAUCAUUGUUGUGGUUUUUAUUAUUGUUGUUAUUGAUGCAUUGUUGUUGGAUAGGACAGAGAGAAAUGGAGAGAGGAGGGGAAGACAGAGAGGGGGAGAGAAAGAUAGACACCUGCAGACCUGCUUCACUGCUUGUGAAAGUGACCCCCCUGCAGUUGGUGAGCCGGGGGCUUGAACAGGGAUCAAGCCCUGUCAUCUGUCCUUGCACUUUUGUGCCGUAUGUGCUUAACCCACUGCUCUACUGCCUGACCCCCAAGACAAAGACUUUUAUUUGCCACUAGGGUUUAUUACUGGGUUUAUUACUAAGUGCCUGCAUGACGCCACCAUUUCCAUCAGUCUUUCCCACCCCUCUUGUUUUUGAUAGAGGAUAAGAGACAGAGAGGGAAUGACAGAUAAGGACAGACAACUAUAGCACUGUUCCGCUGCUCAUGAAGCUUCUGCAAGUGGGGACUGAGGGCUUGAACUGGGUUCAUCCAUGUGGUAAUGUAUGCAGUCUAUCAGGUGAGCCAACACCCAGCCCCUCAAGUAUACCCUGAAUAGGGCCUGGAAGUCUGCAGCUCAGUGUUUCCUGCCCUCUCCCUAUUCCUAUACCUUCCGCCCCUGUCCCCUACUGCCCCCCCCCCCCCACACUCCUACAUAGGAGCCAGGCAAAAGCAGGGUUCAGCUGGGACUCAGAACUGGAGAUACAACUACUCCAGCCAAAUCAGUCCUGCCAAGCUAAGUACAAUCUCAGUGCUCACUCACCUUUCUCGCCUUCACGCCUGUCCCUCCCCUGAACCCCAUAGCUGUGGAAGAUCCUGACUCUACACAAGUUGUGUGCUCCUCCUAAUUGCAUGGAUGUUUUCUGAGCAUCCAUUGCCAGCUGGGCUGUGGUGGGCAUGGUGGCCUUGCUGGUGGCAAAGCCAUGUUGCACAGCAGGCAACCUUUUUAAAGGGAUGGUGGUGGGAGCCAAAGGGCACCAUCCAUCCUGACUUGGCAUAGCCAGGCACAGCUCCCUUUCAAGUCAUUUGUGUCUCUAAGCCUGGGCCUAGGUCCAUCCAUGUAGUAACAUCCUGCCCCUCCUGCCAAGGGGCCCAGCCUCCCCAGUCCCUUUGGGUUCUCUAUUAUUUAUUUUUUUGCCACCAAGGUUAUUGCUAGGGCUUGGUGCCUGCAUGACUUCACUAUUCCUAGAAACCAUUUUGUUUUAUAGAAGGCAAGAGACAGGAAGAUAGAAUGAGAGAGACAAAGAGGAGAGAUCUCUGCAGUAUUGCUUCACUGCCUGUGAUACUUCUCCCCUGUAGGCGGUGACUGGGGGUUUGGACUUAGUCCUUGACCGUGGUAACCUGUGUUCCCUACCUGGUGUGUAACCACCCAGCCUGAGAAUUUGUAUUUCUUUUUUUGCCUCCAGGGUUAUUGCUGGGACUUGGUGUCUAUACUACAAAUCCACUGCUCCUGGAAGGCAUUUUUUCCCCAUUGUUGUUGUUAUUAUGCUACUGUUGUUGUUGGAUAGGACAGAGAGAGAAAUGGAGAGAGGAAGGGAAGACAAAGGAGGAAAGAUAAAACGCCUGCAGACCUACUUCACCACUUGUAAAGUGAUCCCCCUGUAGGUUGGGAGCUGGGGGCUGGAACAGGGAUCCUUACACUUUGCACUUAUGUGCGCUUAGUACACUACUGCCCGACCCCCGAUAAUUUGCAUUUCUUUUUUUUUAUAUUUAUUUUCCCUUUUGUCGCCUUUGUUGUUUUUCAUUGUUGUAGUUAUCAUUGUUUUUAUUGCUGUUGUUGUUGGAUAGGACAGAGAGAAAUGGAGAGAGGAGGGGAAGACAGAGAGGGGAGAGAGAAAGAUAGACACCUGCAGACCUGCUUCACCACCUGUGAAGCAACUCCCCUGCAGGUGGGGAGCCGGGGGCUUGAACCGGGAUCCUUAUGCUGGUCCUUGCGCUUUGCACCACGUGGCUACCGCUGGACUCCCCGAUAAUUUGCAUUUCUAAGGAGCUUCAUGUGGUUGCCUAUGCUGGUGACUCCAUGAGCCAAAGUUUGGGCUAGAAUAUAAGGAAAGCUGAUUGUGUAUUUGGUGGGAGACAGGAGGUGGCAGUCACUACCAAGUGUUGCUGAUGGCAGAACUAGCAGGAAGCUGAGGUUUUGAGAAGAGGUCUCUUUCCUUGCAGGGUGAAGGGGGUGUUCCUUUCUGUAAUGGGGAGGGAAAGAGCUUACUGGAGUGACAUGAGGAGAAGGCAAGAGUGGGAUGGAUGGAAGAGGUUGGUGUGGAAUGGCUAAGAGGAAUGUGGAAAAGGUUUGAGAAUAUUCCUACAGAUUUGGGUAGGAGACCCCUAUGAGACAAUAGGAGGCCAGUGGUGAAAACUUCCUAAUUUGCUUUGCACUUACUUUUUAUUAUUUAUCUAUUUAUUGGAUAGAGACAGUCAGAAAUCAAGAGCGAUGGGGAGAUAGAGAGGCAGAAAGGCAGAUACCUACAACAUUGCUUCACCACUUGCAAAGCUUUCUCCCUGCAAGGGGGCAGGGGGCAGGGGGCAGGGGCUUGAACUUGGGUCAUGUGUGCUCAGCCUAGUGCACCAUCACCUGGCCCCUCCUCUUGCUUUUUAAUCACACUUGGCACUGGCCCAGGAACCCACAGCUCUGGGUGGGGGCACAGUGGGUCCAGGGAGAGUCCUUGAACUCAAGUGUCUUCAGGAUAAUCACUACAAAAAAAAUCCCAGUUCAGGACUGGUAAAACAGCUCACCCGGACAGUGUGCUGCUUUGCCAUGUAGUUGACCCAGGUUCUAGUCCAGGUUCCAUUGCACUGAAGGAAGCUUUCGUGCUGUGUUCUCUUUCACUCUCUAUGCCUUAUUGUUGUUGUCCCUGUCUAAAAAAAUUCCAAUUCAAAGAUUCACAAAGAAUUCCCAAGGCCCUACAGCUGCCAGCUGCAGCUGGCUUUCUGGCUUUGGGAGAUGCCAGGGCAUUAUGCAUGAGUGUUAUCACUGCUGAGUUGGCUCUGCAAGUCUUUUUUCUUUUUUUUUUUUUUGAGAGAGAGAGAGAAGGGGAGAUACCAUAGCACCACCCCACCAUCCAUAGACUCUCCUGGUUCUGUCCAUGGUGCUCCCAUGUGGUGGUGCUCAGCACAGUAAAGUGGACACUCACAUUAGUGAGCUCUCUACCAGCUCCUGUACAAAGCAUUUUCUUUGAAGGGUAUAUGCCAAGGCAUGUUGGGUAGGAGUGCGCAUGUAGAAUUGGGGCCCAGUUCUGGCUCAAGCUUGCCUGAAGAGCCUAAGCAGGAGGGAAAGGUAGGCAGGAGGGCCAUGGGCAGGAGGGCUUCUCUCCCGAAGGCCUAGAAGAGCAGGUGCUGUGGGGUCACAAGGGGCUGGGGAAAAUGGCAGCUAACAUGGGGUCACCUUUAGAGUAAGAUUAUUCUAGUGCAAAGCAAGUAUCACUCUUUCUCAAAAGAGGGGGAGUCCUAAGGGAUCGGGGAACCAACAAUCACAGCAGCUGCACUCCUUGUUGGGGGAUGGAGGAGCUAUGGGGCAGGAGACAUGCUAUCAGAUGCACCCCUUCACACCCCUAGUCAUGAGAACUGUUUCCAUCACUUCUUGCCUCUCUUGUGCAAGGCCUAAUGGAAAAUCUUUUCCUGGGUCUGGGUCAAAGGCUCAGACAGAGUUGUGGGCGUUGGGAGCAGCAGAGGGCAAUGAGGAGUCAGGAGGGAGGACAGAAGAGGCACAGGGCACCUGUACCUGCCUCUAGACCAACCUGGCAGGGAGGGCAGCUAACUGCACAAACUAAGGCCUGGAAUCCAAUGCUUGGUCAAGUUAACCUGAGUCUUGAUUUCCUCAUCUGGAAAGCUGGACUAAUGAUACCCACCUUCAGGGAUCGUCAAGCAAAUGAAAGAUGAAUCUGUACAACUAGCACACAGUAGGCACUCUAGAAGAGUAGACUCCGUAAAUCUUUUUUGGAAUAAAUGAAGCUCUUUGGUGAGACAUCAA